UGCUGAGGGAGGCCUGGCCACGCACACCCGUGGCCCCCUGAGACCCGCCGAGCGCGUGGAUUCCCUGUGUGUUUCUGGGUGAGACCUGCAAGGGAGCUGACUGGGACGCCCCCCGCCCCCAGCCUGCUGUGCCCCCAGCCCUCAGCGUGAGGAAGCCUAGAAGCCAGAGGUCUCCGUGGUGUCUCCGCCAUCCUGGCCAUGAACCUGGAGCCACCCAAGGCCGAGAUUCGGUCGGCCACCAGGGUGAUUGGGGGGCCUGUCACUCCCAGGAAAGGACCCCCCAAAUUUAAGCAGCGGCAAACCAGGCAGUUCAAGAGCAAGCCCCCCAAGAAAGGCGUCCAAGGGUUUGGGGACGACAUCCCUGGAAUGGAAGGCCUGGGAACAGACAUUACAGUCAUCUGCCCAUGGGAGGCCUUCAACCACCUGGAGCUGCACGAACUGGCCCAGUACGGCAUCAUCUAGCGCCGGAGCCUGUCCCGGAGCCCCAGGGCCGGGCCCCCUGCUGCCCACUCCCGCUCCCGCUCAGGAUUCCCGUGAGGAAGCCCAUCCCCCUGAGGGUGUCCCGAUUGUCCAGUUUGUGUUUGGAGACCCUGGCAAGGUGACAACCUUGGGCCCCUAGACGCUAGUUACCAGAAGCCCAUCAUCUCCCUACAGGACACCUCGGGGCCGGUCAGGCCCUGCUUAACUUCCACAAGCCCACAGACCUUCUUUUAGGUCUGGAAAGCUAGGGCGGGGGCUCCGAGAAAUGUCCCUCACCCCUGCCCCUGUCCUGUUGUCUGGCGUUGAGGACAAGCCCCCCUCGCCAGUCCUUCCCAGCUGGUGCCCUUGGGUUGCGGGGGGCUCCUAGCGGCAUCAGCAAGAGAGCAGCACCCGUCCAAGCCCAUCGCACCAGCAGGAAACUUGACAUUUCCGCCACGGCCCGUGCUUGCUGUCCCUGUCGCAAAAUAAA